GAUUGAACGGGAUUGUUAUUCAGCGGCAACUAGUUCAAGGCUGCCGAUCGCUGAGGGUAUAAAUAGCGGCGACGUACAGCUGAAGGAAAUUUUUUUGGAUAUAGUUCUGUGUAACGGACAUGACUUUUUGUGAAAUGUUGAUUUUAUAGAACUGGCUGUGUAGAAUUAACAAGUUCCAAAAUGCACCGUGUAAUAGGAGAGCGCGGACGUUCGUCAUUUUGUGCCAAAUGUCUCAUUCAGAGUGUGUCUAGUGAUCUCACUGUCUGUAAAACAACAACCUAUAGACAUAUGUCCAUGUAUCGCGGUAAGCACACAGCUUUAGCCAGUCUCGCGGCUUUAAGAAGCAAUUCCAGUUAUAAGCUUAUCAAUACAAACAAUGUUAACACGAUUAUGCGGCAAGGAUACCGCACGAGCGGAGGUGGUGACAAGAGACCGGAACUGGCUAGUCAUAACAGGGGGCAGCACAGUGAGCGAUUUCUGUACCGCGGGGACUUGAAGAAAGCCAACAGGAUUAUUGUCAAGCUUGGGAGCGCCGUGAUCACUAGGGAGGAUGAGUGCGGCUUGGCCCUCGGGCGGCUUGCAUCCAUUGUGGAACAGGUUAGUGAGCUUCAAAGCCAAGGGAAACAGAUGGUGCUGGUCACUAGCGGGGCUGUCGCCUUCGGGAAGCAGAAACUCCGACACGAGAUCGCCAUGUCCAAGAGCGUCCGUCAGACCAUCUCUGUCAACACUUCAGGGGGUUUGCUUCAAUUCGAGCCCCGGGCGUGCGCAGCCGCGGGUCAGAGCGGCCUCAUGUCCCUGUACGAGGCCAUGUUCACCCAGUACGGCUUCAAAACCGCACAGGUGUUGGUGAACCAGCGGGACUUCCAGAACGAGUUCACUAGCAUGCAUCUGGUGGACGCGAUGAGCGAGCUCAUGUUCUACAACAUUAUCCCCAUCGUUAACGCCAAUGACGCCAUCGCCUCUCCGCCGGAAAUGGACAAGGAUCUGGCAGGGGUGAUAAGUGUGAAGGACAACGACAGUUUGGCCGCCAGGUUGGCUGUAAACAUGCAAGCCGACCUUCUCGUGCUCAUGUCCGAUGUGGAUGGUCUACACACCAGUCCGCCAGGCACGGAGGGCUCCAGGCUGGUAAAAACGUUCUCACCGAAGAUGGACUUGUGUAACGUGGUCUUCCAGGGGAAAUCUCGGGUCGGGCUAGGAGGAAUGGAAUCCAAGGUUGGUGCGGCAGCCUGGGCCCUGGAGAAAGGGGUUUCGGUGGUAAUUUGUGACGGACGGAAUUAUGGGUCGCUCCCCUCCAUCAUCCAAGGGAAGUCUGUAGGAACGUUCUUCACCAACGCCAAAAACAUCAACAGCCCCGUGGAGGUGGAGGCCGUUAAAGCGAAGGAGGCCAGUCAAACAUUGCAGAAACUCCGGCCGGCCGACCGGAAGGCCAUCAUAGAGAAGCUUGCAGACCUUCUAAUAGAGAGGAAGGAAGACAUCCUGGUGGCAAACAACCGAGAUGUUCUCCUUGCCAAGAGAGGAGAUAUAUCCGAGCAACUCCUGAACCGCCUGCAGCUGACUACGGAUAAACUGCAGACACUCGCGACGGGCCUCCGUCAGAUCGCCGAGAAGUGCGAAACAACAUUGGGACGAGUCCUCGAAAAAACGAGGAUAAGCGAUAAACUCUCGCUCAAGAAGAUUACCGCUCCCAUCGGCGUGCUGCUUGUCAUCUUUGAGUCGAGGCCCGACUGUCUACCACAGGUUGCGGCCCUGGCCAUCUGCAGCGGUAAUGGUUUGCUGUUGAAGGGCGGGAGUGAGGCCCAGCACAGUAACGCCAUCUUGUACGCCCUCGUGCGGGAGGCCUUGGGGUCCGUCCAGGCGGAGGAGGGCGAAACCGACCUCAGAGACGCCGUAGCGCUGGUAAGUAAGCGUGAGGACAUAGACGACUUGUUGGUACUUGACGACUACAUCAACCUGGUGAUUCCCCGGGGUUCCUCCAGCCUCGUUCGCGACAUCCAGCAGAAAUCCCACGGAAUCCCCGUCCUCGGCCACAGUGAGGGUAUCUGUCACGUGUACGUGGACGAGAACUGUGACCAUGACAUGGCCAUCAAGAUAGCUGUGGACUCCAAGUGCGACUACCCGUCUGCAUGUAACGCCAUGGAGACCCUGCUGAUUCACAAGUCCCACAUCAAGUCGGGCCUGAUGGAUGACAUCUGUGAUGAACUCAAGAAGAAGAUGGUGCGCCUGUACUCUGGUCCACGGCUCCAGUCGAUGAUGAAGUUCUCCCCGCCGCCCGCUGUCUCCCUACACAAGGAGUACGGUGACCUUCAGCUGACCUUGGAGGUCACUGAUGACGUAGACGGCGCCAUUGACCACAUCAACAAAUAUGGAAGCUCGCACACGGACAGCAUUGUUACGAGCAGUGACGCGGCCGCGAAAGAGUUUUUGGAGUGUGUUGACAGCGCAUGCGUGUUCCACAACGCUAGUACCCGCUUCUCGGACGGAUAUAGAUUCGGACUUGGCGCUGAGGUUGGUAUCAGUACGUCACGGAUUCACGCUCGCGGGCCGGUGGGUAUUGAGGGGCUGCUCACCACCAAGUGGCAGUUGGAAGGGGACGGCCACACCGUAAAAGAGUUCACCGACGGGAAGUACCAGUACCUCCACGAGCGGCUGCCGGUCACCGUGGACGGCAAAGAGGUGUUUACCCCUGCUAGCGGCGACUCGUCAUACGUUUAAGAUCACCUCUUUGGUCGGAAGAUUCGAAAGAUAGAAUUACGCCCCAUGUCGGCAGUUUCGACAUCAUCCAGAGGCUACCUUUCGACUUGACAUUUUUUGUUUGAUAUUUCGAUUUGGAGAUCUACUGAUUAUUUUCAGAGUACACAAAUAAUAUCUCUGAUGGCCAUAUUUUUUUAAUGUUGAUAUUGACUGAAUACUACGUAUUUUUAUACAAUAUUGACUACGUGUCUGUGACAUAUUUUCCAUGUUUACACUUGUACAAGUCCUAUACGUAUCUAUUCUAUUCUCAUAUUUUAAAUUUAGAAAUCUCAGUUAAGAAUAUCAUUUGGGAAAGGCCAGGAAUCUGUCAAUAUGUGUUGUCAUAUUUUCUUAUUAUACUUAAGUAGUAGUAAAUGUAUGUACAGUCAAAACUCGCUAUGUCGAAGUCAUAAGGACCUCGGAGAAUACUUCGAUAUAACCGAACUAUAUAAAGCGUAUAAUUUUCCAAAAAAAUCGAAAGUUCGACAUAACCAGAACAUCGAGAUAACAGACUUCGACAUAGCGAAUUUAGACUGAAUGCAUGAGUUGUGUGUGUAACAUUUUUAUGAUACUUAUAUAUUUGUGGUUCUGAUUGUUUUUUGCAAAAUAGCUGAUGUGUUUUUCAUUAGAUGUAAAAUCUUUUUUCAACAACAAUAACCGUUCCAACCUAUGCGGGUCAUUGUGUAUUGUUAUUGUUGUUUUUUCAACAAACUCAUUAUUGCAUCUCAUCACAAAUAGAGACACUUUUUGUCCAUAACAUACAAUGUAUUCACUCUCAUCAAGGCUGCCCGCUUUCAUUUCAUGUGCUUGAUUCCUUGAUUUCAAAGCAAUAAGGGGGAUAAUAAUUUAUGUUAAAGGGGGUGGAACUAAGGGUCGUGACCUUUUGAUUAGCGCCCCUUUGCUCAGAACUGAAAUUUAUUUUGUUUGAAAGGGUGUUUUGGGUACUCCCCCGUGAAAAUCUUAACAAUUUCUUAUCCAAAAUGGUGCAUUUUGGGCGUUUUUUCAUUACUUUUUCUCCUUUAUUGAAAUAAAGAGUGAACUUGGAUCCGCUAAUGGAAAUUAUUUCACUUCACAUACAUGCGUUACUACAUUGCAUACCAUCUUUGAAGAUGUUUAUGGUAGGGAUCGUGAGGUUUCAGGCUUUUUUGAAUAUAGCUUUUGUUUUGUCAUGAUGUCUCGGGAAGUUAUGCGGUUAAGUCUUUGGUGUUUGAUAAACUCAAAAAAAUAAGAUGUAAUUAUGAUCUGAUUUUGAAAGCUGACAUCACAUACUUCUUUCGACAAUGUUAAGAUCAUCGAAAUAAAUUUCUUUUUGUC